GCACACAUAUAUGAGCAAAGCAAUACUCCACUUUGUUACAUACAUACGCACAUUCUAAUAAGCUGCUCUUACUAAAAUGCGCCCAGAACCGCUCCUCUUUCUCCUAAUCGGAGUGUUCCUCUUCUCCGGCUUCACUCCUCCGGUCAACGGCUGGCGCCCAUGGCGCAAUCAGAAUCGCACCGCCGCCGCCGCCGACUACAUAUUCGGCGGGUCAAAGAAAUACGAGGGAUCCUCGGAUCUGAUUCACUUGAGGUACCACAUGGGCCCCGUCCUCACGGCCAACAUCACCGUCUAUCCAAUCUGGUACGGCCACUGGGCGGGCACCCAGAAGCGGAUCAUUCGGGAGUUCAUCGCUUCGAUCUCCGCCGCCGAUUCCAGACGGCCUUCCGUCGCCGGGUGGUGGAAGACGGUCCAGCUCUACACGGACCAAACCGGGGCCAACAUCUCCCGGAACGUCCACAUCGGGGCGGAGAAAAACGACCGGUUUUACUCGCAGGGGAAGUCGUUGACCAGGUUGACUGUGCAGAGUGUGAUAAAAGCCGCCGUGACGGCGACGACCCGGCCGUUGCCGGUAAACCCGAAGAGUGGGGUCUACCUGUUGCUCACAUCGGAUGACGUGUACGUCCAGGAUUUCUGCGACAAUGUCUGUGGGUUCCACUAUUUCACCUUCCCCUCCAUCGUCGGGUACACACUACCCUAUGCGUGGGUGGGGAACUCGGCCAAGUUCUGCCCGGGAACGUGUGCGUACCCGUUCGCGGUGCCGGCGUACAUACCGGGCCUGAAGGCGGUGAAGUCCCCGAACGGGGACGCCGGGGUGGACGGGAUGAUAAGCGUGAUCGGGCACGAGAUCGCCGAGAUGUCGACCAACCCGCUGGUCAACGCGUGGUACGCCGGCCAGGACCCGAUUUUCCCGGUGGAGAUCGCGGACCUCUGCGAGGGGAUAUACGGCACCGGGGGCGGCGGGUCCUACACCGGGCAGAUGCUGAGCGGCGCGGACGGGGCCACUUAUAACAUGAAUGGGAUCAGGAGGAGGUUCCUGGUGCAGUGGCUAUGGAACCAUUACAAGAAUUACUGCUCUGGACCCAAUGCCCUUGAUCAGUAAUUAGUAUUAGUAGUAGAGUAAAAGUAGAAGAAGUAAAAGAGUAGAUGAGCAAACACUUCUUUUUCUACCUUAUUAUAUUUACACUGCUCUGCUCAAUGCUCAUUCUUUCUUUCUUCAAGGGCCAUUUUUGGCAUUCCGGCUGUACUUUCCUCUCAUUUCCAACCAAUCUAUGUCACAGUAAUUAUGGAAAUGUAGUGAAAAUCAAACUUAAAUUGAUUAAUUGCAGCGGUAAGUUUUUGUUUAUACUCCUUAAUGUUUGGUCUUUUUUAGACGCAUUUGAAUACAUUGGGGAGUGCCGG